UUCCCCGCAAACAGCGGGGCAGGGCGGAGCAGAAGGGGCACAUUUCCCACGGACCCUGCUGCGGACAUCCCGCCCCCGGCCCUCCCUCCCGCCGCGCGAGAAGGCCAACUCCGCCUGCCUGAGUCACGGCUGGAGCUGGGGAGGAGCUGGGGAAGGCGGCUCCCGGCCAGAGCGCAGCCAGCGGACGCCGAGAAAGCGGGCAAAAGGCGAUCGGAAUCAUGGGGGAGAGCGCGCUGGAACCCGGGCCUGUGCCGGGGGCGCUAGCCGGGGGCCCCGUGCACGCCGUGACGGUGGUGACCCUGCUGGAGAAGCUGGCCACCAUGCUGGAGGCACUGCGGGAGCGGCAGGGCGGCCUGGCUCAGAGGCAGGGCGGCUUGGCGGGCUCCGUGCGCCGCAUCCAGAGCGGCCUGGGCGCGCUGAGCCGCAGCCACGACACCACCAGCAACACGCUGGCACAGCUGCUGGCCAAAGCGGAGCGCGUGGGCUCGCACGCCGACGCCGCCCAGGAGCGCGCCGUGCGCCGCGCUGCCCAGGUGCAGCGGCUGGAGGCCAACCACGGGCUCCUGGUGGCGCGCGGGAAACUCCACGUCCUGCUCUUCAAGGAGGAGGCUGAAAUCCCAGCCAGAGCCUUCCAGAAGGCGCCAGAGCCCUUGGGCCCGGUGGAGCAGUGCGAGCUGGGCCCAGAGGUACCUGAGGCCGAAGUUGGGGAGAGCUCAGACGAGGAGCCCGUGGAGUCUCGGGCGCAGCGGCUGCGGCGCUCGGGGUUGCAGAAGGUGCAGAGCCUGCGAAGGGCCCUUUCGGGCCGGAAAGGCCCUGCGGCGUCAGCAGCCACACCCAUCAAGCCGCCUCGCCUUGGGCCGGGCCGGAGCGCCGACAACCAGCCGGUAGCCGAGCUUGCGCAGGAGCCCACGCAGGAACCGGAGCCUCUCCAGGACACCGAGGAAGAUCCCGAGAGACUUGCGGCUGCCGAAGCGGCUCUGCACCCAAUAGAGAGUGCAGCCUGAUGGGUGGUGCUGUCUGCUUCCCCCCUGUGCCUAUGCCUUGUCCCAAAAUAAAUCCUCCUCUCAGAAUGCAGCACUCACGCCCAAAUAAGGAGGAAUUCUGAAGCCACACAGCGCAACUCAAGCACACCCCCCCUUCCCGCCUCCUUCAGCCUAGUACUCUGUGUCCUUUAAAAGAGGAGCGGCCACUCACACCUCCUGCUUGUGCUCGCCAUUAAUAAAAAUAAUUUCACUUAA